AUGGGCGGCGGACCACCGAAAGACCAUCUGCUCGCAACUCUCCCCUUCCCCGAGCCCAAGGACAUCUUCUCUUCCCUCCAGAAGAAGUUCCCCUCCCUCACCAUAACCUACCACCAAACAUCCUCCAGCAGAGAAGCAAUCGAGCUCUACAAUGAGGUUCCCAAACACCUUUGGCACACUGCAACGAUCCUCGUAACCCUCUUUACAUUUCCUCAGGACGCGGAGGAAGUCCCCAAUCUCGAACUCGUCCACCUUGUAUCGGCCGGGAGCAACCUACUCCAAGGCCAACCGUUAUGGACGGAUAGCGAUGUCACCAUCACCACAAGUACAGGUAUCCACGGCCCACAAAUCGCGGAAUGGGUCAUCAUGACCGGGCUAGUGGGAAGCCAUCAUUACAAACAACUCUACGAAUUGCAGAAGGCACAUCGAUGGGGGGGUGGCAGUGACACAGGCUAUCGCACAGUAACGGACAAAGUCGGACAGAAAGUGGGGAUCUUGGGGUAUGGGAGUAUCGGACGACAGGUCGGACGAGUCGCAAAAGCUAUGGGUAUGAAAAUACUAGCUUUCACGGCGAGUGAGAAGGACACAGCGGAGAAGAAGAGAGAUAAUGGAUAUGUUGUGCCCGGGACUGGGGAUUAUCAUGGGCUGGAUAAGGAGUCACUACACAACUUCUUGAGGCAGGAUAUCGAUUGGCUUGUGGUUUCUGUGCCGCUUACGGACCAGACACGGCACUUUCUAGGGAAGGAUGAGUUCAAAGUGUUGAGUCAGGACAGCAAGAGACCAGCUUUUGUCACGAACAUUGCGAGGGGGUCGAUCGUUAAGCAGCAGGACUUGAUCGAGGCUCUCAAGGAUGGGACUUUGGCGGGUGCCGCGCUGGAUGUAACGGAUCCGGAGCCGUUGCCAGAGGAUAGCGAGCUUUGGGGUCUUGAGAACGUAAUCUUGACACCGCAUAUCAGCAGCAGUAGUGGCGCAUACACGAAGAGGACGUUUGAUCUGCUGGCGAAGAAUUUGCAACGGAGGACUAAUGGUGAGAGGCUUAUAAACGUGGUGAAUAGGAAACGGGGUUAUUGA